UAUAUAAUCUGAACAUGAAAGGUAUUUUGGUAACCAACUUAAUUCGUUAAUAAUAAAACUCCGGGUAAACCCUUGGUUGGCCAUCUAAUAUGGCGUGUGUUUGUGGCUGACACAUGUAGCUAAAAGCUAGCCGUCAACACGGCUCAAAACGCAGCUCGCAAGCUUCAUAGACUCACUUUAACGUAUUAUUAAUGCAAUCCAAUAAGAACAAAGAUUAAUCGUUGUAUCUGUAGUGCUGUAUAAAAGCGGGGGCUCCCUCGUUUGUGUCUUUAUUGACGCCUACAUGAAUAAUUAAGUACAAAACCAUGAAGGUGAACAAACCAACACAGGUUAAGGGCCAAGCCAGAUCUCAGAAGUGGAAGGACGUUAGAGGCAAACGAUGCAGACCUCCUAUCAAUGCCCCAGACCUCAGCCCCAGUCCUGUCAUGGCCAAACUGAUCAAUGAGCAUCAGGCAUCUGUGAAGAAAAAGCCCAACAUCAAGAGGUUAAAGACUAAGGCUAAGUCUGUUCCUGACACAAAGAAGGCCUCUCCUAAGUCAGAAUUUAAAAAAUCUUAUGCUCAUGCUAAUGGGAGCUCUUCGUUUACAAUGGACAAUGAUUCAGAAAGCACACAGGAGUGGAAGAACUUUACACAGUCCUUUUAUGGGAAUGGUGUGGAGACAGGUGAUAUGCUAGGUUCAAAUGAUAUUGGGCCUGUUAAACAAGGUAGACUGGAGGGAAAGAUGCUCAAUACCUGUGUUGAGCGAAAUGAUGAGAAAAAUCACGCAGUGCUUGUUAUGCAGAAGGAUCAGACCCUAUGUUUCCGUGGAAAGUGCUUUUUGACUUGUCUGUAUGGCCGGGUAGAGGUGAUGGGCUACACCAUUGAAGAGGGCCAGCCGUCAUAUCCACUCUUCUCCCCAGCUUCACACUUUCCCCUCACAAUUAGAGGCCUGGAAAGCUCUGAUGACUCCAGGGAUGACAGAUCAGAAGCUGCACAGAUUCUCCGUAAAUAUCUUUCAGCAGCAUCACGAAAGAAGUUAACAGGAAGGGUGAUGCGACACUCAUCUGUCAUCUUACUGGAACCUAUGGAGACGCCUCUGACACGGUUUCUGUCAAGCUUUCCAGAUCUCAGUGAACUGUUCAGUCCUCCGGUGAAUGAACUCCUGUCAGCUGUUCUCGACACUCCUCUCAAUGGUUUGGGAAUGAUUCCACUGGCAAGUGACAUCGAGGGCCUGAAAAUAUCAAAGACCCAGAGAGAAUCCCUAAAUACACUGGUCAAUGCCUGCAGAGGGGACAUGGAUGGCUGUGCAGUUAUCCUGGUAUGUGGAGCCAAAAAUGUGGGCAAGUCAACUUUUAUCCGUGUCUUCAUCAACACCUUACUAAAUCACACUGGUAGUGUAGAUUAUUUGGAAGGUGACCUCGGUCAAACAGAAUUCACCCCUGCUGGUUGCCUAUCUUUGUCGACUGUCAGAGAGCCACUUCUGGGUCCUCCUUUCACACAUCAACGUACGCCAGAGCAUAUGAUCUACUACGGUCAGUCGUCCUGUGAGUCGGACUUGGACCGCUACCUGGAAUGCCUUAAGUCCUUGUGGCGUCGACGCCCCCAGAGCAGAGAGACUCCAGUCAUAAUCAACACCAUGGGCUGGGUCAAAGGAUUCGGAUUCCAGCUGCUCGUGGACAUGAUCCGCUUCUUCCCGGUGUCACAUGUUGUCCAGCUCGGUCACGGCGGGUCCACUCAGUGUCCUGCCCUCAGUCCAGAGUUUCUAAGAACGGCGCACGGUUGUCAGACGCACCCACCCGCCCAGACUGCCCUUGAUGAGUUUACAGAGAGCCACAGUCCCCCCAGAAACUAUGUCCACCUUCUGGUACAGUCCGAAUUUCAAGGAGUGGGAUGCCAAGGAACAGCGAAACACCAGCGCUCCAAUGAACACAGAGAUCUGACACUGCUGGCCUAUCUGAGCCAGCUGCAGUCCCCUGACCCUGGACCUGUUAGACCUCUGCACAGCCUCACCCCUUACCAGGUGCCCCACACUGCUGUGGCUUUAGGUGUAAUCCACUGCGAUGUGGUGCCCACUCACAUGUUCUACGCUGCCAAUGCCAGCCUGGUGGGGCUGUGCUGCCUUGGGGAGAAAGUAUCGAGUAGAGGAGGCCCAGUGCUGAUGACCCAGACACCCAUCUGCCCGUGUGUCGGCUUCGGUGUACUUCGAGGUAUUGACACGGUGCGAGGUCUGUAUUUCCUGCUGACGUCUGUAGAUCCCUCCAUCCUCCGUAAGGUGAACUGUCUCCUCUUAGGAGCCAUAUCACUACCUUCCUGCAUCAUCACAGCACAGCCCGGCUCUGACGGAGAGACGCCUUACGUUACCUCUGACUACAGUUUUGAUCUCACCGGUGCCGGAAAGCUGAGAGUGUUCAAAGGAUUAGUACGACCCAGUCAAAUAGGGAUGUAAUGGCAUUUUCUACACGGCUCCAGUCUGACGCCCUUUACCCUCCUCGACUCGUGUCUUAUGGCAAACCAAUCAGCAUUGGCCUCUGAAUGUACAGGACUGACAUUCAUUCGGACACUGUUUUUAUUUCAAGGCUCAGUGUGACAGAGCAGACAAUAUUAGACUCUGCAGGAGGUGACCGUCUCUUUCCUGUUACCGGACUUUAAUUUUGGGAAGCCAUGGGUGUUCUCGACAUUUCCGACAUCCUGUAAAGUACAUUUGAUGGAGAUUGUGAAGGAGUUGUAUGUUUGUGUUUUCUGUCACAUGGACAAUAAUAUCAACUUUGUGGUUUUUGCUCUUGUUUGACUUUUCUUUGUAAAUUACAUUCCAGACGCUCAGUACACAACCUGCCAGAUAUUAAAAAACACAGCUUUUUUUGUUUUCUUUUUUUUUUUUGUUUCAUUUGAAGAUGGGCUUUUGAGGCCAGUGUCUCUGAUGGUUGUGAUGACUGAUUCUUGUGAUACAAUUAAAACAUUUAAAAUCAAUUGAUGGCCAUU